CAACACUUGAAAUUUAUGGGAAAAAAUGAAGAUUCCCCCAAAUUAACAUGUGGAAAUGAAUCCGGCAUCAUCACUCUCCUCAGCCACCGCAUAUUUUCCACCGCCAUUUUCAUUCUCCCGCUCAAGACACCAAAUUCGUCUGCCUCCUAAACGACCCCCAAUAUGCUCGGCCGCCUCAUUCGCCGGUCCAGUUGCUUCUAAGGUGUCAGAAAUCGAGCUGGAGAAUCGAAAAUUCGAGCUGCUUAGAGCUGUUACCGACACUCAACGCGGCCUAAUUGCUACUCCACACCAACGUUCUUCAAUCGAGGAAGCCCUGGUGAGUGUUGAGUGUUUGGAUGCAGGGAAGCCUAUUGAUCUUGGUGUGUUGGACGGGACUUGGCGCUUGCAGUAUACAUCGGCACCAGAUGUCCUAAUUCUCUUCCAGUCUGCCACUACUCUUCCUUUCUUGGAGGUUGAUCAAAUCUUUCAAAAAUUUGAAUGCGCUGGCCAAUCCGACCGAGGUGUUGUCCGCAAUGUGGUCAGAUGGAGCAUACCAAGGUUGCUUGAGGUUCAUCUACCUAAAAAUAAAUUGAAACAAAAAUUUGAACUAUUUGGUGGUAAAAGUUCCCUGGCCAAGGUCUUCGGCAAAAAGUCGAUCUCCAAGAAUGAUCUGCAGAAGGUUUUCCCUAAGAAGUGCAGGAAACAGGAGCAAGAAGGCGCAACCCUGCUUGUGUCUGCCAAAUUUUCUGUUGUCUCGGCACGUAACAUCUAUCUCGAGUUUGAAGAGAUAGCUAUUCAGAACAUAAAUAUCAGUGAAGAAUUACAAGCUCUUUUGGCUCCAGCAAUACUACCUAGGACGUUUUUAAAUUUGCAGAUCUUGCAGUUCAUUAAAUCUUUCAAAGCCCAAUUUCCCGUGAGAAGUCCACAGAGUUGGUGGUGGGGGCAUAUUCGUCUUCACAAGGACUCAAGCACUCACCUUCUAGAGAGUCGCAAGGAGAAUAAUGAAGAUAUGCACAUCUCCAUUCCCCCAUCAUCUUGGCCGUUAAUUGCAACCAAACACGUACACUACUGUGGCACAACUCCCGUUCUUUCAACCUCACCUGCACAAGCCUCUCGCCUAGACCGUGACCUUUCCAUGUCCCGCACUUCCUUCCUGGCCGCCAGCAAGAACAACAUCAGCGCCACCUCAUCAAUCGUCAGAGACCCCACUCACGCCCACUCGGUUUUGUCACCCGUGUACAUGUUGGGUUGGUGGUUUUCGAUGCUAACAUGCAUGCGAGUGAUAAAAUCGACACUCUUUGUAGGCGUGAGCCGGGUCUCGACAAUUGAUGAGGUGGCGCUGAUGCUGAUGCUGAUGCUGCUGGCGGCAAGGAUGGAUGCGCGGGAGAUGGAGAGGUCGCAGUUCGAGGCGGGAGGGUGA